AAUUUCUCUCUCUCUCACGGUGAGGUUUUUCUCUCUAAAUCCACAAAGCCAUUUCUCUCUCUCUCACAGUGAGGUUUCUCUCUCUAAAUCCAUAAAGCCAUUUCUCUCUCUAAAGCCGUAACUGUGCAGUCUGGAGUUCCAUUAGAAGGAAUCAAAAGCGUACUCUCUUUCCUUAGCACCCUUGUGGUUCAAAUUGUGGUUCCCUUUCUUUCCCCAACAGUUGUUAUUACCUUCUUCCAAGUUGUUGCCUGCACCUUGUGGUUCCCUUAGCACCCUUGUGGUUCCAAUUUUUGUUGCCUCUUCCCCUCGAGAAAUUAUAUAAUAUAGCUGUGGUUCCCUUAGCACGGUUGUAUUGAGUUUCCCCUUAGCACAGUUAUUGUUGCCUUCGGAUUUAUUUUGUUUGCUCCCUAUUGAGUUCUGGCGCAAUACACAGUUGGGUCUUGUUGCCAUGGGUGCUUCCCCUUGAGUUCUGGCACAACACACAGUUGUGCUCUUCCCCUUGUUGCCUUUGGAUACUUGAGUUCUGGAGCAAUACACAGUUGGAUCUUGUUGCCUUCUUCCCCUUGUUGCCUUGGGUGCUGCCCUUUGAGUUCUGGCGCAAUACACUGUCGUGUUCUUCGCCUUGUUGCGUGCGGAUUUAUUGUUUAACUGCGGAUUCCCGCAAUACACAUUUUUCCAAAUUUCUCUUCUGGUAUGAUAAAUUACCUCAGAGAACGAAAUAAAGUGCAUAAUAACUCAAACAACUUGUCUCAGACCUAUUGACUGCAAAUAUUUCAAAGCUGAUAGACUUAAGGGUGUACUCACUUCCCUUCAAUUUGGAAUUUGCGGUCGCAAUUUUUCCAAUUAGGAAUUUGCAUUCGCGCAAUUAUUCCAAUUAGAAGGAAUCAAGGGUGUGCUCUCUUCCCUUCUUUCUAAGCCUUGCCAAACUGCCUUUCUUCCUUCAGUUUGGAAUUUGCAUUCUCACACUUCCAAUUCGAAGGAAUCAAGGGUUACUCUCUUCCCUUCUGCCUUAACCCUGCCAAACUGCCUCCAGAUGGCCAAAGGUUUCAUGGAUAAUUUGCCUCGAUGGCUUCGGUGGGACAUAAUUCUGUCUAUUAUUGCCGUCGUAGCUGAGGCCAUAUCAGCAGCAUUUGAGGAGACCUCUCCACAUAAGGUGAAUGCUGCAAAAUAUGGAGUGAUUAUGGCUAUUGUGUCUGUCCUUCUAAGCUUUACGGAUCUUGCCUACAAGAACUAUAUGCUUCUACGAGACGAAACUAGAAGGCCAGAUGAUAAGCAUCAUUACCAUUAUAAGUUACAGUGGGAGUUUGCAGAUUCUUUUGGCUUGAUAUGUUCUUUAUUAACUCUCAUCUCUUCCUGUCUCCAUUAUAACUUCUUGAGCAAUGGCAAGAAACAGCCAAUACAGUUUUCGAUGAUACCUCUGGCAUUCUCCGUGUGUGUGUUCUGCUCAAGAGUUUUUCGACAAACCAGCCAUAAACCUACUUUUAUCUUGAAGUGCAAAUACUUGGGUCCCAUGAAUCUACAUAUAGAAUCUGAUGGAAGCGGACGUACGCAAUUUGGCUGCCCUAUGUGCCAGAGAGAACAGAUGGAUCCACAAGGCGUUUACUCUAAUUUUCCUCGGAAUUUCUGUGUGUAGCUAACAACUUUCCUUGUGUUGUUGUAUUUGGUCAAUGUUUUUUAGUUUUUAGUUUGUAUUUGGUCAGUUAAACGAUAGCAAAGCACGAUUGGGUGGUUGUUUGUUCUUUGAAAGUUCUGUCUUGUAUUCACAUUUUCACUUGGUUCGAUACUCCAGGAUUCCCAAUUGUAUUGAUGGCUAGUAAUUUUUACAGGUGUGUUUUGGUUUA